GCGCCCGCCGAGGCCGCGCCCCCUGCCGCCGCCACCAUCGCCGCCGCCGCCGUCGCCCCCACCUCGACGGGCGCCGUGGCCCCUGUCGCGUCCGCCUUGGAGAAGAAGACAAAGAGCAAGGGGCCCUACAUCUGCGCCCUGUGUGCCAAGGAGUUCAAGAACGGCUAUAACCUCCGGAGGCACGAAGCCAUCCACACGGGAGCCAAGGCCGGCCGGGUGCCCUCGGGUGCCAUGAAGAUGCCAACCAUGGUGCCCCUGAGCCUCCUGAGCGUGCCCCAGCUGAGCGCGGCCGGCGGGGGCGGGGGCGAGGCGGCUGCGGGCGGCGGCGGGGCUGCGGUGGCUCCCGGAGGCGUAGUGACCACGACCGCCUCAGGGAAACGCAUCCGGAAGAACCACGCCUGCGAGAUGUGCGGCAAGGCCUUCCGCGACGUCUACCACCUGAACCGGCACAAGCUGUCGCACUCGGACGAGAAGCCCUACCAGUGCCCGGUGUGCCAGCAGCGCUUCAAGCGCAAGGACCGCAUGAGCUACCACGUGCGCUCACAUGACGGCGCUGUGCACAAGCCCUACAACUGCUCCCACUGUGGCAAGAGCUUCUCCCGGCCGGACCACCUCAACAGUCACGUCAGACAAGUGCAUUCAACAGAGCGGCCCUUCAAAUGUGAGAAAUGUGAGGCAGCUUUUGCUACGAAGGACCGGCUGCGGGCGCACACAGUCCGACAUGAGGAGAAGGUGCCCUGUCACGUGUGUGGCAAGAUGCUGAGCUCGGCUUAUAUCUCGGAUCACAUGAAGGUGCACAGCCAGGGCCCUCACCACGUCUGUGAGCUCUGCAACAAAGGCUUCACCACGACAGCAUACCUGCGCAUCCACGCGGUGAAGGACCACGGGCUCCAGGCCCCGCGGGCUGACCGCAUCCUGUGCAAGCUGUGCAGCGUGCACUGCAAGACCCCUGCCCAGCUGGCCGGCCACAUGCAGACCCACCUGGGGGGGGCCGCCCCCCCUGUCCCGGGAGACGCCCCCCAGCCACAGCCCACCUGCUGAGGGGGACCCGCACCCAUCAGGUACUGGUGAGGUGUGUCCGAUGGCGGCGGCGGCGGCAGCAGCGGCAGCAGUGGCAGCGGCAGCCCCUCCCACAGCUGUGGGCUCACUCUCCGGGGCCGAGGGGGUGCCAGUGAGCUCUCAGCCACUUCCCUCCCAGCCCUGGUGAGCUCCAGGUUGGUGGGGGGAGAGGGGAAAGUGGCAGAAGGCCCCUGGUACAGGCUCCUCUCCCCCUCUCUCUUCCCAUCAGCUCAUUAGUCCCCUCCAACCCAGGAGCCUCCAGAGAGAGAAACGGUUCUUAGGGGAAUUCGCUAGGUUUUAACGAUUUGUUUCUCCUGCUCUUCUCCUCCCAAUCAGCUGACCCUG